UUCCAAUCAAAAAAAGAUUAUUCAUUGAGGAGGAGCAUGACCCAGAAUGGAAAUAUAUGGGUGGCAGAGGAUUGCCAGACUCAGAGAGUGAUUGGAGGAAUAUGUAUAUCGGAGAAGAGAUUGAGAGUCAAUGGCGAGGAGAGAGUUGUAUAUUAUCCAUUUGAUGCCGUUGUCGAUCCAAGAUAUAGACGUGGCAGAGUUUUGAAGAGGCUGACAGACAUGGUCACUGAAGUCUAUCUGGACAAUCAAGUACUACGUCCAUUAUUAUAUACAUCGACAGCAAUACAUAAUGGAAAUAUGAGCACAUAUUAUAAUAAUAGUGUAAUGAAACAGAUGGUGGAACAAGUACAACAUGCAUGGAAGGUAUCAGCACCUAUCGUCGUUAUGGAUUCCAAGAGUAAUCCCAAAGUUACAAUAUGGAAGGAGCGAAAUCCAGAUAUUGUUAUCGAGAAGUUCAAGGAAUAUUUCAAAUCAUACGAGAUGGUACCCAUUGAAAUGGAAGACCUCCUACUCAACAAGUUCUGGAGAUAUACAUACUUUGCUCAAUAUAAAUGUGAUGAUCAAAGAGUUAUUGAAGCGUCAAUAUCGAUAUGGGACCAGAAUAAGGUUUCAAAGUUGGUGGAUAUGCAGAGGGAUGGAGUACCAAUGAGUGCCAGUAACUUCUAUCAACUCUUUGGAUGUUAUACCAAUGAACAAGGAAACGACUACCCCUUGUUAACCGAGUUGUUAAAGACAAUUCACAAUGAGUGCCAUAGUAUGGGCAUUGAGUACUUGUUUGCAGGAUUCUCAAAGACUGACCCGGUCGAAAGAUUCUUCCCAUUGCAACCUGGUCUCAAGAGUUUGCCAUUCUUGAUGCACUUUUGUGUUAGUUGUGAAGAGGAUGAGGCCAAGAUUCAAGAGUAUAGACAUCGUCCAUUCUUUAACGAUCCAAGAGACUAUGGUAUGUUGUUGCUCUACUCUAGCAACAAAAAGUCCAAAGAAGAUGGUGGUCUACUUGCCAAG